CGAGGUGAGUUGGGGAGGGAGAGAUCGUUCCACGACCACGGGUGACUACAAACUAAAAUUGCAAACAAAAAGAACAAAAGAAAAAAAAGAGAACCCUCAAUUUAGGUUUUUUCCUCCUCCUCCUCCAUCGCCAUUCCCAUCUUCUCUCUCUUUCCCUGCAGGUUCUCUCAACACAGCGACACCGCUCUGCUUCAUCGCCGUCGCCUCGGUUUGCAUUUCAACUCUCAUUUCUGCUUUCUAUCUACCACACAGGCACAUCUUCUCCCUCAUCAUCGUUGUCCUUCAUUCUUCUGUUCCUGCUCUUACUUUUGUCCUUCCGACUCCUCAUUGACUCUCUAAUUUUAGAAAAUGGCGUUACAUGGGAAAUUGUUCAUUGUUAUUCUUUCCCGUUAGUGCUUUGAUUAUUGAUUGUGCAAGUGACUGCGUGGCAAUGAGGAUUUCCACCUUAACAAGUUAUUCGUUUUUUAAGAUGGUCAAUGGGGUCUUUGUUUGAGCAUUAAUUAAUUUUCACGUCGUAUCGUUAGUCUAAGUAGGGGACGAUGAGCACGCAUAGUUGCUCAAAACAAUACAGUAGAAGGAGUAAAAAGCAGACGCGGAGCAAUUCUGAUGAUGAAACUGCAGCUCGGACUAGGCCAUUCAGCUUUGAAGAUAUUAUGCUUAGAAGGAAGACUAAAGGGUCGUCUGCUACGGUUGAGGUGGAUGUCACAAGUACUGAUAACAGGGCAUCUGAAAGACAUUUUCGUCACAGUAAAGGUUCUUCUCUUGAUGUGCAAAAUGUGUCAUUGGAGGAGGAAUCAGCCAAAGAUAGUUCAAGAAGGAAAAAAGAGGAGACAGUGUUGAAGAACAAUAUAGUGGUUAGGAAUGACAGAAAUAAUUAUGAAUCUGGAUUGUCACUGAUGAGUAAACUUAAACACGACAGGAAUGAAAAGGAUGAAAGAGAGAAAUAUGGCCAGGAAAAUCUUGGUUGGGGAAAAAAUGACCAGAGUUGUAGGAUUGAUAUUGAAACUGAAACUGCAAAGAGGCAUUCAAGAGAUACAGCUUUCAAGGAUAGACGUCAAGAUCAUGGUAGGGGGGAAUUUGAGAGAGAAAGCAAGAGAAAAUCUCAAAAUGGCGAUGAUGACAGGAAUAGAGACAGUAAGAGAAAAUCUCAAAAUUGUGUUGAUGAAAGCAACAAAGACGGUAGGAGAAAAUCUCAAAAUGGUGAUGAUGACAGGAAUAGAGAUAGUAAGAGAAAAUCUCAAAAUGGCGAUGAUGACAGGAAUAGAGAUAGUAAGAGAAAAUCUCAAAAUGGCGAUGAUGACAGGAGUAGAGACAGUAAGAGAAAAUCUCAAAAUGGCGAUGAUGACAGGAAUAGAGACAGUAAGAGAAAAUCUCAAAAUGGUGAUGAUGAAAGGAACAGAGACGGUAAGAGGAAAUCUCAAAAUGGUGAUGAUGACAGGAAUAGAGACAGUAAGAGAAAAUCUCAAAAUGGUGAUGAUGACAGGAAUAGAGACAAGUACAUUGCAAAGAGACAUGAUCAUGGUAAACACCAUGACCUAGAAAAUAGAGAAAAAAAGGAAGCUAUAGUAUCAUUGACUUCACGUUAUCAAGAUUCUAGAUUGAAAAGAACACGGAAAAGAAGCUCAGAUCGUGAAAGUAAACAUAGAAGAUCUGUUUCACUUUCUCCAAGAUCACACAAGCACUCAACUAAGUUAGCUAGGCAGAAGGAGUUGCCUUUAGAUUCUCAUGUGAAGAAGUCUGGAAGAUGGCGUUCUGAUAGCGAAAGAACAGGAGAUUUUACCAACACUUCCAAUAGCCAAUACCGGCGGCAUUCUGGAUCAACUAGUGGGCUUGGUGGCUAUUCACCUAGAAAGAGAAGAACUGAAUCUGCUGUCAAGACUCCUUCACCUCUUCUAUCACCAGAGAAGAAAAAUGAAGUGUUGGAUCUUCCUCCAACAGAAAAGGUUGGAUUAUUUUCUGGCUCAGUUGCUUCCAACUUCUCGCCGUCAAAUCCUACUGUUUCAUUGGGCAUUAGUAAUGAUCAAUCUGGCGGUGCAUUCUUUUCUUCUGCUAUGGGGAAAUCUUUAUCAGUGGUUUCUUCAAAUAAUAUAGCAAUGAAGACAAAGGUUUCUUUUGAUUUGGUUCAGCUGACCCAAGCUACUCGGCCAAUGAGGAGGCUUUAUAUCGAAAACUUACCACAUUCUGCAUCUGAGAAAGCAAUUAUUGAUUGCCUGAAUGGUUUUCUUAUGUCUUCAGGUGUUAAUCACAUCGAAGGAACCCGGCCAUGUAUUAGCUGUAUUAUACACAAAGAUAGGGGUCAAGCUCUUGUCGAAUUUCUGACACCUGAGGAUGCUUCAGCAGCUCUUUCGUUUGAUGGAAGUGACUUCUCUGGCUCCAUUCUAAAGAUUCGGCGACCAAAAGAUUAUAUCGAAACUGUAACUGGUGACCUGGACAAGUCGAUGCCGGUGGUAAACAAAAUAAGUGAUGUUGUUGAGGACUCACCGAAUAAGAUUAUCGUUGCUGGGAUCUCAAAUAGAUUAUCAUCCGAAAUGCUUAGGGAUAUUGUUACUGCAUUUGGACGAUUGAAGGCCUAUCACUUUGAGAUGAACGAUGAUCUUAAUCAACCUUGUGCCUUUCUGGAGUACAUUGAUGAAUCAGUCGUGUCCAAAGCUUGUGCUGGUCUGAAUGGUAUGAAGAUUGGAGGGCAAGUGCUAAAAGUGUUUCCUGCUGUUCCUUUUCCAUCAACGGAACGUACUGGAUGCCAACCAUGUUAUGGCAUCCCAGAGCACGUAAAACCUCUUCUUCAACAGCCUUCGGUAGUGUUAAAAAUUAACAAUGUGUUUAAUGCAGAUGUCCUCCCUGUACUCUCUGAGUCAGAUAUUGAUGAAGUUCUUGAAGAUAUUCGGUUUGAAUGUGCUAGGUUUGGGACAGUUAAAUCCAUGAAUUUUGUAAAGCCAUGCAAUGGUGGCGUCAAUACUGAAGAAGAACACAAGAAAAUUAGUGAUAUCUCUGAUGUUGAGAUCAAACAUGAGAUUCAGGAGAACAGCAAGACGGUGAUUUUGAGAAACAGUAAUGAUCUUGAAGAUAACAAUGCUAACCUUGAUAGCUGCCCCAGUGAUACCAAUCAGAAGCAGGCUAAUUGCUCUGGCAAUGGUAGGCAUCAAGACGAAGCUGUGGAGGACAAAUUGUGUCAAAUGGGUAAUACUGAUGCUACAUGUUUUGAAGUCGCAGCUUGUGAGAAUGCUUCAGAAAGAAUCCGUCAAGUACUCUCUGAACAGCGAAGCAGCCCGGAAAAUGAUUUUCAGAAUGCAAAAGUAACCGAAAUAAUUGAAACUGAUGAAACUGGGUUGGAUAAGAAAUUGGUGUGUGUAGAAGCUUCAUCUAUGAUGGUGGCUGAUAAUGAGAAGAAAUCUCUAAAUGGAUUGGAUCCCGUGGUGAGAAUAGCUUCCAAUGCUGUUGAGAAAAGCGAAAAGAAGGAUCCUGAUAAUAAUCAGGAGAGUUUAUUUGUGUUGGGGAGUGUCUUUGUUGAGUUUGGUAGAAUAGAAGCCUCAUGUAUGGCUGCACAUUCUUUACAUGGUAGAAUUUAUGAUGGACAAGAGAUUAGCAUCGAGUACAUUCCUCAUGAUCUCUAUCGGAAGAGGUUUCCUAAAUGACUACAGUUGGAUACUGAAUGUGUUGAUUAACUGGUCGCCUGGGGUAUUUUGGCAUGAAAGCUCCACUUAUUAGCAAAUUUCAUUACUGAAGAAGGCAUUUGUUAAUGGCUCAUUUUAGGCGGGCCUCAAUAUUUUUUAUCAUGUUAUCAUUUGGCUCAAAAUCUGAAGCAUGCUUUACGGUGAAACAAGUCAUUUCUCAAGCACCGUAUGGAUGAGAUGCUGAAUUGAAACCCAGGGAGAGUAUAACACCCCCUUAGCUUGAGACCCUCUUAUCCUGUCCCUGAUUUUGUAUGCUUCUAAUAGAUUUCCUUCAUAUGUUUAACAGGUGUAAGGAUCUACGUCUAGGUUAUGGACAUGAAAGAUUUACGGGUGAGGAGAUGUGGUCAUCUUUUAAACAUUAGUUCCAUGUCUGUUACCUGUUUGUUUCUUUACUGUCGAGCUCUCGACAUUCUCAUGUCUAAUCUAUGUUGUUGAUGAUCUCUCCUUCACAGUUGAAUUAGUUACUUCAAUACAAGAGAUCCUAGUUCUUCCA